UCAGGAAACCGCCCGCCUCUUAUAUAUGUUCUUCCCCUCCUCUUCCUCUCACACUAUUCAACCAUAAAUUAAAGCUUCUUUCAUCUUCAAACAUCAUUGCCAUUACUGGUUAUCUCUAUUGUCGCCAACGAUUGUCAAAGCUCUUUUAUCCUGUCUUGAGAAUUUUUGUGGGUUUUGAUAAGAAUGUCGACUUUUUCUGAUACGGUGAUGGAUGGCCGGAGGGUCGGCAAGCCGGCCGAGAGGUCCAAUUUCUCCCAGACUUGCAAUCUCAUAAGCCAGUUCCUGAAGGAGAAGCGUAGUUCUGGUGCUAUGAGCCUUGGAAUGUGCGGGAAAGUUGAACCCAAAGGGAAUCCAACUACUACGCUGGACUUGUUAACAUCCCUGGAAAAAUCUGAUGAUGCGUCGAAACAAAGUCCUUCAGCUAUAGAUUUUCUUCCCCAGCUUGCAGAAAACCAGUCUGUUAUUAGGUCACAGACCAAGGCAGAGCCUAAAACUCCCCAAAUGGCAAUAUUUUACUCCGGUAAGGUAUUGGCAUUUGACGAUUUUCCGCCAGAGAAGGCGACGGAGAUCAUGGAGCUAGCCACCAAGUUAAGCUGUGAUAAUUCUAGGAUCAGCAAAAACACCCCAGGUGUUUCUGCAGCUCUUGAAAAUAUCAACGAGGUUAAGGUGCCUCAAACAAGCACAUCCAAAGAAGUUUCUCGUCCAGGCUCUCUCGCUUCUGGUUCAGAUAUGAGGUAUCCGAGGAGAGCUUCGCUUUUAAAAUUUCUGGAGAAAAGAAAAGAAAGGGUCGUUGCAAGAGGACCAUAUCAUAUGAACCCUCAGCACGAAGGAGGCAGAUCUGGAGGCCACCCUGAAGAACAAUCUUGCGAACCUUUUGACCUUAACUUAUAGUGCUUUUAUCUCAUCACUUUUGGUUGAUAGGAUAGAAACAAAAGAAAUCAUAAUACGACCCUUUGUUUCAAGGAUCGACAACUCACUGAUAUUGUAGGUGUUUUACUUGUAAUUUUCCCCCAAGUUUCCAUACGUAAAUACAGAAUAUUUGUACUUGUUAUUCUUCAAUAUAUUAUGCAGUAGUGCCAAAGAAAAUUGUUUAUUUGCUCUGUCAGGGCAUCUAAGGUUUAUUCUAAGAUUUCCGAUAUGAUACCUUUACCUUUGAUUGCAUCUGCAAUCUUGUAAUCAAGGCGAACUCAUGUUGCAACUAAAGCCUCGGCUUCUCUUGUUCAUCCUUGCAAACAGUCUUUGGUGAAGAUGACCUUCAGAUGCAGACUUUCCUUCUUCAUCAUCACAUCGAGCCAAUCGAAUUGCAUUAAAAACAGCAUGUGUACUUGGUUUGCAGGUUCAUCAAUUUAGCAUAGGCUCUCCAAUCCUUGUUUUGGUUGUCUCUUUCUUCAACCUUGGAAUAUAAUCUUCUUGCAUGAUUCCAGUGA